AUGGCCGCGGGGGCGGGGCCGAGGGGCUCCAACCAUUUCCGCUUCCGGUGCGGACGCCGAGGCGGGAACCCCCUGGCGGCAAGAUGGCGGUGCCCGACGGGGGACCCUCCGAGGCAGCCGCCCUGGGACGGUUAUGGCGUCUGUGUGUACCCGAGUUCCUUUUGAUAUGAGGGAGAAUGGAAAGGAGGGAAGUAGCAUGGAGACACCGUCUCUGGACAGUUUGUCCUGGGAGAACCUUAGGAAUGCAGUGUCAUGGAGGACAGAGCCGGCAGGCACUACGAAGGAGAGGUCUUGCACGAUGCCAGGGAAGGACAUGGGUUCCUGGUGCAUCGGGAUGGCCAGGAGUAUCAGGGGUGUUUUCAUGACAACAAGCAGCAUGGCCCCGGACAGCUGUUCUUCAAGAACGGUGACAUGUAUGACAGCGACUGGGUCCGGGACCAGCUCAGGGACAUGGGGUGCGUGCUGUGCUGUGCCGAUGGCUCUACCUAUGAGGGAGAGUGGCACAGUGAUGGCUUAGGUGGACUGGGCAGCAUGGCCCACUGCUCAGGGGUCGUCUACCAUGGGCCGUGGAUCAGUGGCCACCCCACAGGGCAAGGCACAAGGAUGGUGAUUCUGGGCCCAAAGGUGAUGGAAGUGACCCAGGGAUCUCCCGUCACGCUGAACGUCCAGCUGCUGCAGGACAGUGGGGAAGUUGCCAAGGGUGAGGAUGGCCAGCUCCUGGCAGUCUCCGCGAUCAUCAGGAACGUGCAGCCCGCCUUCUCUGAGGUCAACUUCUUCAUAGUGGAUGGAGGUCACCAUGAAAUGCCCAUCCAGACCCCGUUUGGGUUCCAGUGCAUCCCCUACCCUGUGACCAGCCCCAUACCUGGAGCACCAGAAUCCAGAGCUGCCAUGGAGUGUGCUAGAGCAGACUGA